AUGAAGAUGAGAUUCGCUUUAGCUGGGUCUUGCAGACGGGAAGACAUACCAGCAUGCGGAAGAGGUAGAGGGACUGGCUUACUAGGAUUUAAGAAGCUGACUCUCGCAGCGAUUAGUGAUUCAAUCACACCGGAAAGGAUAAUUCUAAGAGCGUCAAGGCUUAGAGCUUCUUCUCAAGCUUCCUAUUUUGUGCGUGGGUUAACUAUUGAUUCAAUUGCGCAAAUAAGCCUAGUUGUCCUAAGAGCUGAUUCGGGAACUGCUUCAAUUCCAAGAGGGGCGCUUACUCUUGCAGCUUUUUCUUUCACAACUCUUUCUAUCACAACUGAUUUUUCCUCAUACGGAUCUAAGCUCUCGCAAGUGCCUUCCCUUCCUUCUUGCCUAUUCGAUAGGAGCUUACAUUCUCUGGGGGAGUUUUUUUAUAUAAAAGAAUAG